AUGGCUUCCAAUACUGAUGAAGAAGUUGCCCUGGAAGAGCGUCUCAAGUCCGCUCUGUGGCUAGCCAUUGGCAAGAUUGUCGAUGAAGAGACCAUCAAGCUCGGUGUCAAUGCGACGCCGCAGUUUAUCGGGGCCCUUACUGAGAUGGUCUGGGCACAGAUAGAGACCGUGAGUCAAGAUUUGGAAGCCUUUGCCAAACAUGCCGGUCGCUCAACCAUCAAUGUGUCCGACGUGAUGCUCCUGGCUCGCCGCAAUGAAGGUCUCGAGUCGAUCUUGCGGGCCUAUGUCGACCAGCUGCGUGCGGAAGCGACCAGAGAGGCCGAGGAAGGCGAUAGCGACGCCUGA